UUCACGCGACUUCGAUUUGUCUACCACCUAGGACCGUUUUCGACGGAAUUACGCGCAGCCGGACGAAAAUCCGCUCUAGCCGAACACGCCCGUUCACAGUCUAAAGACCGAAGACUCCAACACUUUUAUGGCUAGCCUCAGACUCCUCCCCGAGUAUUUCAAACAAUUGGAUAGAAGCAUCUGAUAGUAGUCAUGUUGAUGUUUAAGUUUCGGUUUCCCAGUGUAAACAUUCAUACAGUUUCGAUUUCGGGCUGACUUCGAGGAGCACAGCGUUCAGUGCAGAUAGAAUACGCUGAUAAGUUGUGCCAUUCUUCUCCUAAAUUAGGAUACGCUUCUUUAUGAACAUUGCUCGUGUCCUUUUGUCAUGUCUUCCUUAACUUCUCGAUUGGGUCUAGAGAGAGAGAGAAAUAUACAGAAACUGUUUCCAGACCCUGUCAGUCUCUGUCUGUUGUACAAGGCGAGCCACCAUGGAUCCACGCUAUCUGAAUUAUUUGAAAAAUCUGAAAACCAAGGAAGAUUUGUACUUAUCGUGUAUUUUAAUACAGGUGCUAUCCGGGGAGGUUAUAUCAGCAAACCUCUUUCAGUCGGCGUUCAUCAUGAUCCUGAAGCUUUUGUCUUUUCUGUGAAUGAAAAAACUGCAACCCGCUUUCCAGUCCAAGAUCCCAGAAAAGCUUUUAGUUUCAAUAGGCUUGACGUUUCAUUUGGAAACUGUCUGAAGUUGAUGUCUGAUAACAAGAACAAAAUGCACGUUGUAUCGAAGCCAGACAACAUUUACUGUGUCAUUUGGGCCGAGGAAACGUCAAAAUGCUCGGAAGUGGAGGUGCAUCGCGUACAAGAUGCUGCUGAUGUGCUGCUCAACCCAUGGAGGGAGUUGACAUGGACAGAGAAGUGUGGAAUUAAAUUAUUCGUGUCGCGUGCAUUUUCUUUUAACAAGAAGCGUGGCAGUUUUCUACAUCCUAAACACAAUUUCUACAAUUUGCCUUCCUAGAUAACUUAAUCUGUGCUGCAUAUACGAAGUCUGAUGUCACCAAUGAGUAUUUCCUUGUAUACGGUGUUGUAAAUUAUUCAAUAAUACUGAGUUGCAGACAUUUUAUGACACAUUUCUAUUUAAAUUGCCUAUUUUCAGUAAUAAAGAAGAACUGGGACAGAAUCUGGUUUCCUUCAAACCGACGUGUGAAGUGUUGUCCAAGGUUCGGGUUCUGCUGUUGGGUCCAGUGGGUGCAGGGAAGUCCAGCUUUAUCAACUCUAUCAGAUCUGUGAUGUACAGACGCGUUUCUUUGAUGUCUUAUGUUGGCAGUACACCCAAGGGCUUCACCAAAAAGCUGAAGUCCUAUGAAAUCCGGGCGGAGAAAGGCGGACCGCCCACACCGCUCACUCUCUGUGAUGUCCUGGCGCUUGGAGAGAGUGAGGAGACUGGUCUGACCCUGCAUGACACCCUGGAAGUUAUUAAAGGACAUGUACCUGAGGGACACAAGUUUCAAAGUAACGCACCCAUCAACCAUGCCACAGCUGGCUACCAACUAGCACCUGCACUCAAAGACAGAAUCCACUGUGUUGUGUUUGUUCUGGAUGCAAGCGAAGUGCUCUUCUACAGCAAAAGUCUGGAAGACAAACUAAGGGAGCUGAGAUGGGAAUUAUCAGACAUGGACAUCCCACAUGUGAUCCUUCUGACCAAGGUGGACCAGGUUUGCAAGGCAGUCGAAGCUGAUGUGCAGUAUGUCUACAGGAGUCGCAUUGUUAAGGAGAGGGUGCACAAGGCUGCGGAGCUGAUGGGCUUGCCAAUGUCCUUUGUGCUGCCAGUAAAGAACUACUCAAGUGAACUUUCAGUGAACUGUAACACUGACAUUCUCCUGCUGAGUGCACUUAAUUGUAUACUGCACUCCAUCAGUGAUGGCUUUGAUGAUUACACAUCUUCUUAGAGAACAACUAAGUCAAACAUUUUGAUUUGACAUUUUUACUUGGAUCAAUUUUUUGUAAUCAAUACUCCUAUUUCCUUGAGUAGAUUAUAUAGUAUGUGCAGUAUAUUUGAUAAUUGUUGUCAGUCAAUGGUCUGUUGCAUUUUUGCUACAAGUAUGACUGAACGAAUGGGGUUUUGUUUACUUUUAUGGUGUGAUUAUCAGGUUUAUCAGUCUUAAGUCACUGUUUGUGACAGGAUCUGGAAAUGUGGAUUUGCUUGUUGCCAUUUCUCUUUCUAUUAAUUUUUCUGUGGUUUUAGCAUAAUGUGUCUUUUUUAGAAAUGUCCGGAGUCUGCAAAAGGGCUGUUUGCAAGAACAUUGCCUUACAAACAUUAGAUGAUUCAUUUUUAUUGAUUAAUGGUAAUGUAAGACAAGGUUGUGUUUAUAAAAAAAAUAAAUAAAUCAAUAUAUAGCCAAA